GUGUGAAGUUGUCUACAAUUAUAUUCUGACUUUCAAAGAUGAACAUACAUUAGUGUGGCCAAAGAGAUGGUCACUCCUGAAAGUCCUGUUCUUCCUGGUCUACUAUCUUCCCUUUGUGGACUUGACAAUAAUAAUUGUAAGCCUACUGUUCUUACAGAGUAAACCUUUCUCUGAUCCAACCUUUAAUUCAGUCAUCCUUACUGUAAUAAUGUAUUACUUUACAAAGUCUAUAGAAGACAGUAACAUCCUCAUUAGAGACUGGAUUCUUCUAAUGACAUACAAAUCAGUAUAUACUUUGUUUAAGGAUAGUACUAUUUUCUAUAUCUGUAUCUAUAUAUGA